AUGAGCGUCAACGAUGCCAUUGCGGCGUUGCCUGCUUACAAGUCCCUCACAUCCUUCAUCAAGGCCGACGACAAGAAGGCACUUGAAGAUACCGUAAGCGAGUUCAAAGACUUGGCAAAGAAGUCCGAGUCCCAGAUUGAGGAUUUCCUCUGGGAUACAUACAACGCCAUUUUUGCCGUCGCCAAGCAGACCUCCCCAGAGAACCAGACCCCGCUCGUUGAUUUCCUGCAACGCCUGCGCGAGAGCACCGUCACAGCAUCGGAUGGCCAGCCCCUGAAACUGAACAGUCAGGUUGUCUGGAAGGAUCUUCCCACCUUUGGAUGGGUUGCCCGCGAUCUGUGGAACUUUGACGCCUUCGACACAUCCGCAUCAGCAGAGGAAAAGGCCAGUUGGGUAAACCUCUCCGCCUUCGCCGCCCAGCUCACCGCCCGCGCCGACCUCACCAACCCCCAGGACCCCUUUGAUUUCUCCCUCUACGGCCUCUGGGCCCUGCGCUCCGCCUUCGAGGAGGAUCAGGCUGCAGACGCCGCCGAAGGCCAGACCAUUGCCACCAGACUGGCCUACCAGUGGACCGUUUACGCCAAGGACGCCCUGUACAAGCUCGGCACCAAGAGCCGGGACUUUGAGGGCAAGUCGGGCAAGCCGGGGAGCAAAUUUGCAGACCGCGAGUGGAAGGGACUGAAUGAGGAGAGAUGGCAAUGCUGGACUGAUGGCUUCGCAGCGGUGUCGCAGUCGACUUCUGACAAGGAGGUGAGCGCUUUUGCGAAGGAGGCUGCGGAGAAGAUGAAGAGCAAAUAG